GCAAUAGCGGCGAGCAAUAUCACUGAAAUAGAGGGAGGAUUUUGUCAGAUAGGAAUAGCGCAUACAGUCCCUGUGUGCAGCCCAGCAGAAACCUGCAACUUCGUGUGCAAGUCGAAAUAUGGGCAAGGGGAAACAACUAUCGGUGAAUGUGACGAUGAUCUUACAUGCAAUUGCUAUAGUCCAUGUGAAGGAAUAGGAGACGAAGUGGCAACGGCGGCGAGCAAUACCACUGAAGACGGAGGAUUUUGUCAGAUAGGCAAAGCGCAUGCAGUCCAUUUGUGCAGCCCAGCAGAAACCUGCAACUUCGUGUGCAAGUUGAAAUAUGAUCAUGGGGAAACAACUAUUAUUGGUGAAUGUGGAGAUGAUCUUACGUGUAAUUGUUAUAGCCCCUGUGAAGGAAUAGGGAUUCCGCCGGCCGAGCGGAUUGGAUGAUUUUCAGGCUAAAAAUUCAGUUUUUUUAUGUUAACGAUUUUAUGAAUCGAGGAACAUGAUUUGCA